AAGUUUUAUCACGUUAUGGUAAAUAUAAAUAUAUUAUCUAAAAAAUAAAUACAUUAUUGGUCCACUUUAUGUGUUCAUGUUAUAUUUGUUUUCACCUUGUAUUUCGUACUUUACCUAUAUAGUAUGAAAUAUUAACUUUCCCUCGUUUUUUGCACCAAAGUUUACUACAAAACUGUAAAACUAUUUUUCAAAACUCCCAAUCCAAUUCUUCUAUAAUUUUUCUAUAAUUUUGACUUUGUGUUAGUAACCUACUGCAUGCUGCAUUGUUAGUUUUAACACAUUUCACAUCCAUAUAAGUAACAUUUAUAUAUAUUUACAUUUUGUAUUUGUUUUAUUUUUAUUUGAAAGUUUAUCCUUCUGGAGUACUUAAAUCUACUUGAACUUAUAAAUACACUUUCCUUAAUUUCUCAGUCAUUUACUGGAAGUCUUCCACAAAAUACACUGGAAAAUUGUGAGUUUGUUGUUAAAAACGAACUUGCAUUUAACUGUUGAUUUUCACUGGCAUUUUUUACAACUUGUAUUUAACGAAUAGCUUUUAAUCAAAACCAUGAAGUUAUGUAGGAAGUGGUGCUGAAAUAUCAAUACCAGAGCUGUUUGUUUAGAUAAUUAUUAAAUACUGUACUAAUUUACAUACCAAGACGUUUUCAUUUAGAAAGCACUACUUUUAGAUACACUGGUGCAGUGAGUGAUUACUUAUUUAUAAAUAAACAAGUACAGUCUAUUGCCCAAUUUAGAUGUGUGAAGAUGUAAAAAAUGAAUAAAAGUGCUGAUAAAAACCCUCAACAAAGAUCAAUGCUUAUUACAAGAGAAAGUUUACGUCCCCCAUGCAAGCGUCAACGGACGAGAAGUGGUCGAUGUGAAACACCACAGUUAAAAGAAGACCACAAAGAACCAGAAGACGCACCUACAGCAAAAGAAGAAAUUACGAAAACAAAAUGUCGUCGACAAUGGGAACAGUGGAGUGAAGAUGAUCAGGAAAUUUUCUUUCAAGGCCUUGCAGAAUACGGAAAAGAUUACGCUCAAAUAAGACAACUCAUGAAGAAGAAAUUGAAACUAAAAAGCGAAGAUGAUUCUAAAACAAAGGAACAAAUUCGUCAUUUUUAUCACAGAACAUGGUCCAAAAUUUCAAAGACUUUACUUUUACAACAUGAAAACAAUCCGAAGAAAGCAUAUCGUCGAGAAAUUCAUUAUAUGAUCUGCUUAGGAGAGUUACGUAAGAAGGGAGUGCAAGGGCUUGGACAGAAAGUGCUAAAACAGUUAGAUGAACUUGUGACUAAAGGAUCUACCUAUCUGCGAUAUAAAGGUCGAAAUAUCCGACUACGUCCACCCAACAGAUUUCUAAAAAAACUUUACCGUGACGUUAAUUCUGUACCAGAUGUAACCGUUCCUAAACAUAUAAAUAUUGAAUUUCUUCCGAACUCAAAUACAGCAUUUAACUUUGUACAAAAGCAUGCGUUUAAUCCUAGAUUACGUUUUACAAACGUAAACACAACUGCUAAAUUUUCAGAAGUGUUUCAGAUGUUUGACAAACGUUUUACUGAUUUGUAUUCUUCAGAACAACUUAUAUUGUAUAUCUAUCCAUUGCCUUCAAAUAUUAAAGACGGUUGUAGCAGCAUUGCUGAAAAGUUGGCUCAUGCUGAGAAACUAUUAGAGAGCUGUGAGAAAAAGCAAGAAGCUCCUAUUAUACUGGAGAAUUUAAGUACAGACACUUCUAAAGAUGUCCCACCAAGUGAAGUAGCAGGGGAAACAGAAACAGAUGUUUUUCCAAGAAUAUUUGGUAAAAGUAAAGAAAAGGAUAUUAAAUCUCAAAACUGUAAUAUCAAACCAUUUUUAGGGUACUGGACUUACUCAACUGCUGAGAAAAUACAUUUGAGGACAAUCUAUUUAGCUCUUGGACAGAAUGAUUGUCUAAAGUUUAAGUACGAAUGGAGAGAAGUGGCGGAGAAGAAGGCGUUAUUUGCAGUGGACGGUUUGCAGUGCUUGGUGGGGAGUUGCAAAGAGGAAAAUAAUUUGAGAAAAAUUGAACUUGUUAAUAGUAUUAAAAAACCAGCUAAAAUUGCACCGAAGGUGAACAAACCAAUUCAACAACCUAUUGUUAAACCAGUUGUCCCGGGCGUUAUAACCUCCCGACAUAACGGUGUACGAUUUAUAAAUAACCAAGACUUAAUACCUUUAAGACCACGACCCGGACGUAAACGCCCUUAUUCUUUAGGUUCACAGCAGGGUGUACCACAAAACCGGGCUAUCGUCCCCCGUGUGAAUGCAUCUAGUAAGCUUCUUAACAACGCAGUGGCUGUCAACUUGAUCCCUCAACCUCCACAACUUGUACAGUAUGCUAACUUAUCUCCUGAUUCGUUCAAACUCACCAACAGUUGCACCACAUCACUAUCCAAAUCUCCUAUUGCAAAUUCCAGUGUGUACACCCCUUCUUUUAUGUCAGGUUAUCGAGACGAAGUUGUUGAUGAAGGAUACAACAAUAAUGAGCAUUUUAAGUCUUUGCACACCUUUCUGGAAACAGCAGCACAAAACACUGGCUUUCAUAAUACACCAAAGGUUGAAGUGAAACCGAUUGUUGUGUCUCCAUGUAAGAAGUCACCUGGUUCACCAAAUUUGGAAUGGUUGAAUGGAGAAUCUGCGGAUAUCACAUUGACCAGUUUUUUAAAUGUGUGCGAGAUGCAAGCGUUACAACAACAACAGCAACAAAAGGAACAUAACUCUGGUAAUUUGAUAGAAAACGGCGUAAUUGUAAAUGGAACUGUUGCAACACCUUCCGAUCCAUUACUUCCAGCUUACCACUCAGGUGAUACAUCACACGGUCCACUUGAUGGGUUGACUUUUGAAUUGUCCAAUCAGGGGGAGAUAAGGUCCAAAGAUUCGUUUUGAUUUUCCUAUUAUAGAUGGUCCGUGGUUGUAUAGUUUAGCGCCUUGGUGUCUUUUGUUUUUACUGAAAUGUUCUGUUUUUUGUUCGCUUUUUUGUGUCUAAGAAUUGGUUUUAAUUUCUCUAAAUUGAAGGCAAUACUUAACAAAAGCUUCAUCUGGUUGAUAAAUUUCAAAUAUUUUGUUGCUUAAAAGAAAAAAAACUUUCUAAGACUACCACGUUAGAGGCAUUCUAUUUUGUUAAAAGCUCAAACAAAUUUAGCUAAAAUGUUUCUGUUGUUCUAACAACAUCGCCAACAUGUUUUAGAGAAGUGUAAGACAGGACUUAUAGGUUUGGAUCAAUUUUAUAAACCCCUAAUAGUAUCCCCCCCUACGUUAUAAAUAAAGUUUGUGCAAAUAUUUUGUAAAAUAUUUUAUGAUUCUUGACUAGGUUUUAAAACUUAUAUUUUUUGUUUUUUUGUGUUGUUAAAAACAUUCAUACAAAAAUUAUCAUUGUAAAUAUUAUUUAUAUAAAGCUACAUUUCCACUAAGUGGAUUUCCUUAAACAGCACUUAUUUUAUGUAAUUAGUUGACAUCGUACAAUUUGAUUUAUUCUAAACUUUGUUUUUUCAGAUGUUGUGAAACUCUUUUCAACCAUUCUUAUAGCUGUUGAAAAUACGACUGGUAAUAGGAAACCUAAUUAAACA